UCCCAGUCACUGUCUAGAUUUUGAACUGCUCGAGCAGCCCCACAAAUCGGAGAUGCCUCCAAAGCCCCCGAAGCCCAAGCACCGCGACGUGGCAGGGUUCCUGAGCCGCGUCCGCAACUUCUUCCUGGGCCGCACCCACAAGACGGCCCUGCGAUUCGCGGACACGGUCUCCCCGCGGACGCAGCCGCCUCCGGACAUUCCCCAGGGUCCAGGGUCGAGCCUGUCCGCCAACUACUACUACACAAGGGAUCCCCGGCGACUGGUCAAACCCUCCGUCGACUUGAUCCAGGAACACAAGAUGCAGAUGCUGGCCAAGCAGAAGGCAGCAGAGGCAGCCAAAAGUGCUCAGGCCAAGUCCGGGGAAGGAUCAAAGGAUGGAGGCCCUCCCCCUCCCUUAACUCCCGACCCCGAUACGAAGGACUGCGAUCAGAAGGAGGAUGUCAAACCACUCCCGACUCCGGGGAAGGUGCAUUCCUGGGAGGGCCCUCGUUAACCAAGCUUCUAGUUCUGUGUUACCAUCCCAUUGAGAUGAUUAAAGUGUUAACUGUCCCACUGCGAAUGUGAUUUGCAGCUAUUUACGAGCUUGAGCAGAGCAAUUAAAUAAAAGACUCGCAGUCGAGUCAAUGCAGAAGGUCGUAAAAA